UUAGGCUCCAUCUUAGAAAAGGCUGGAAGUCACCCGUGGUCACCGCCCCCGACACCAGCAUCUGCUGACUGACAGACCUAGACAUGAGCUCCAUCUACCCAGAAAGUGAUCCGAUGGCCACCAAAGAGAAGUUGCAGUGUCUGAAGGACUUCCACAAGGAUAUCUUGAAGCCGUCUCCCGGGAAAAGCCCCGGCACCCGGCCCGAGGACGAGGCCGAGGGCAAGCCCCCGCAGCGGGAGAAGUGGGCCAGCAAGAUCGACUUUGUGCUGUCCGUGGCUGGUGGCUUCGUGGGCUUGGGCAACGUGUGGCGGUUCCCGUACCUCUGCUAUAAAAAUGGUGGAGGUGCCUUCCUCAUCCCGUACUUCAUCUUCCUGUUCGGGAGCGGCCUGCCCGUGUUCUUCCUGGAGGUCAUCAUCGGCCAGUACACCUCGGAGGGGGGCAUCACCUGCUGGGAGAAGAUCUGCCCCCUGUUUUCUGGUAUCGGCUACGCGUCCAUCGUCAUCGUGUCCCUGCUCAACGUCUACUACAUCGUCAUCCUGGCCUGGGCCACCUACUACCUGUUCCACUCCUUCCAGAAGGACCUGCCCUGGGCCCACUGCAACCACAGCUGGAACACGGCCCACUGCCUGGAGGACACGCUGCGCAGGAACCAGAGCCCGUGGCUCACCUUCAGCGCCCACAACUACACGUCCCCCGUCAUCGAGUUCUGGGAGCGCAACGUGCUGAGCCUGUCCUCGGGGAUCGACGAGCCGGGCGCCCUCAAGUGGGACCUGGCGCUCUGCCUCCUGUUGGUGUGGCUGGUGUGCUUCUUCUGCAUCUGGAAGGGCGUCCGGUCCACGGGCAAGGUUGUCUACUUCACGGCCACCUUCCCCUUCGCCAUGCUAUUGGUGCUGCUGGUCCGCGGGCUGACCCUGCCCGGCGCUGGGGAGGGCAUCAAGUUCUACCUGUACCCUGACAUCACCCGCCUGGAGGAUCCGCAGGUGUGGAUCGACGCUGGGACCCAAAUCUUCUUCUCCUAUGCCAUCUGCCUGGGGGCCAUGACCUCCCUGGGGAGCUACAACAAGUACAAGUACAACUCGUACAGGGACUGUAUGCUGCUGGGAUGCCUGAACAGUGGUACCAGUUUUGUGUCUGGCUUCGCAAUUUUUUCCAUCCUGGGCUUCAUGGCACAAGAGCAAGGGGUGGACAUUGCUGAUGUGGCUGAGUCAGGUCCUGGCUUGGCCUUCAUUGCGUACCCCAAAGCUGUGACCAUGAUGCCGCUCCCCACCUUUUGGUCGAUUCUUUUCUUUAUUAUGCUUCUCUUGCUUGGACUGGAUAGUCAGUUUGUGGAAGUCGAGGGACAGAUCACGUCCUUGGUGGACCUCUACCCGUCCUUCCUAAGGAAGGGUUAUCGCCGGGAGAUCUUCAUCGCCAUCGUGUGUGGCAUCAGCUACCUGCUGGGGCUGACGAUGGUGACGGAGGGUGGCAUGUAUGUGUUUCAACUCUUUGACUACUAUGCAGCUAGUGGUGUAUGCCUUCUGUGGGUUGCAUUCUUUGAAUGUGUUGUUAUUGCCUGGAUAUUUGGUGGUGACAACUUUUACGAUGGUAUCGAGGACAUGAUCGGCUAUCGGCCUGGGCCCUGGAUGAAGUACAGCUGGACUGUCAUUACCCCGGUUCUCUGUGUUGGAUGUUUCGUCUUUUCUCUCGCCAAGUACGUGCCCCUGACCUACAACAAAGUCUACGUGUACCCAAACUGGGCCAUCGGGUUUGGCUGGGGCCUGGCCCUGUCGUCCAUGAUGUGCAUCCCUUUGGUCAUCCUGAUUCGCCUCUGCCAGACGGAGGGGCCGUUCCUCGUGAGAGUCAAGUACCUCCUGACCCCGAGGGAGCCCAACCGCUGGGCCGUGGAGUGUGAAGGGGCCACUCCCUACAGCUCCCGCAUCACGCUCAACGGGACCCUCAUGAAACCGACUCACAUCAUCGUGGAGACCAUGAUGUGAGACCCCCGCGGGGGGCCACGGGGCGGCCGCUUUCCACCUGUUUACUAACAUUAGAUUCUCCUAGGACCAGGUUUACAGAGCUUUAUAUUUUGCACUAGGGAUCUCUUCCUCGUCCUCGUUGGUGUUUUUUUUUGUCAAACGUGAACUCCGUGCGUGCGCGCGUGUGCGUGAGCGUGUGUGUGUGUGUGUAUCGUGGGUGUGCGUAUUUUGUUCUGAUUUGGGGAUAUUUUGUACAAAAAAAAAAAAAAAAAAUAGAAGAAACACCCCCCCCCCUGGGCAGAUGUCCCCAGGGAAAUGCGAACUUUCCUACUGAAUUAGGUCUCUUUUAGGGGAACGGGGUGAAAAGUUUUCUUUGUAGAUAUCUUUGUUUAUUUCUCUUUCUGGAACAUGUGACUCUUGACCAUGGGACACUUUGACCAUGUGAAUGACUCUUCUCGCCAGCAAUAGAGAUCGUUUUUUUUUUGGUUUUCUUUUCCAAAAGCAAUUUUUCGGUGCUUGGUCGAACCAGGAGAAAAUUCUGACCCCCAAGGAAAACUAAAAUGUUGAGGACGAUUUUUUUAGCCCUGAGCGGCAUCUUGAGGGUGUAGUAUCUUUCCGAACCUGGUUCAGGGGUUCGACAUCCCGAGCAGAGUGACUGGCCAGACCCCCAAGGAGCAGAAGAAACAGGGCCCGGAGGAGACCCUUCGUUACAUUUCUCUCAGCCAACAGUAAACCUGCCAAAAUCUAUGAACCAGGCCCUCAAAUUAAAUAGACGGACCGAGAGAGCUCAGAAAAGUUAAAUAGCAAUAGAAACUCUAGCUCCGGGUUUU